GUCUGGAUAAUGAGCAUAGGGGCUAGAUCGAAACUAUAAAACUCUAACAAGUUAAAAAGAAAGUAUAAAGAUAUUUAUACGGGCUUAGUAAUGACUAUUUGUAUAAUUAUAUUGCAUAUGGAAUGAAAAAUAAAAAUGCUCGCGCAUUUAAAUGUUUUCAAGACCUAGAGUUUAGAGUUGUUAGUUGUUAGUGUAGGUGUAGGUAGACCAGGUGAUGAAAGCUUUAGUGGUCAGUCAGCGGUAGUCGCUUGAGUAGUUCACAUGUAUUUUUUUCCGACAAGUAAAAUCUAUUUUACUUAUUAAUAUAAAUCCUUAAUAAUAAUACAAGUAUUAUAUCGCGUGUUUGAGUAGUUAAAGCCCUUGGCACUCUUACUCUUCUCACCCUCACUUAUAGUCAGCGACACGGCUUAAACUUUCUGGGACAUUAAUAACGUGAUCUUGGUACACUUAUUUCUUCUCGGGGACGCGGCUCAAAUUUAAAUAACUUUCUUCAUAAGUUAGAAAUUAUUUUUAUUAUCAAAAACUUUCAGAUUAUCUGUAAUCUGUAUCCUGAUUAAUUCCUGUGGUAAUUUUUAUAAUUUAUUAUUAAUAGAUUUUAUUGAUUACUCUGGAAGAUAAAUUGUGAAAUUAAUGUAGCUUAAUACAAGUUGGAAUUAUUUUUUUAAACAUAAAUGACGUUUAAUAAUUCACUGGCUGUUGAUUAUUUUUGUGAUGAGUAUGACACAAUUCGGUAGCAGUGGAAGCGGCGGAAGUGGUAGUAGUUCAAGUGGUAGUACUAGAAAUUUCAAAGACAGGGUUGAGAGACGCUCUGUUCCGGAAAAAUUGAUGGUGGUUGUACGAAUUAGACCGCUCGGACAAGAUGAAGCCGGUCCAAGAGUGCUACAUGCUAUUAAUAAUAAGAUGGUUAUGGUGGAUGACUUAGAAACAGACAAACAGAAACGUGCUUCACCUAAGCAAUAUUUGUACGAUUUAGUGUUAGGGGAAGAUUCAUCGCAAGAAGCAGUUUACGAGGGAACAACUAAAUCACUGGUGCAAGAUAUAAUCGACGGAUAUAAUGCAACUGUUUUUGCAUAUGGUGCCACUGGGGCAGGGAAAACACACACGAUGGUCGGCAGUGCUGAAGAGCCUGGUGUUAUGGUUCGGGCGUUGAAUGAUAUUUUUUUAGCAGCACGAAGACUUUCAAAUGACGUUGAUGUUGAGGUAAUAAUGUCAUAUCUUGAGAUAUACAAUGAAAAUAUUCGCGACCUGUUGAAUCCAAAUACUGGUUACUUGGAGUUGCGUGACGACUCGCGAGGUCGCAAUAUACAAAUCACUGGGCUCACUGAAGUUUCGAUAAAUUCAACGGAAGAGGUAAUGAAAUUGUUACACCAAGGCAACAAAGCACGGACAGUUGAGCCGACAGCUGCUAAUGAAACGUCAUCUCGUAGCCAUGCUUUACUUAACGUCGUAGUGAAGCAAACAACGAGGCCAUCGUCUAGUCGUGACCUUCGACAUCGGGCACGUGUCAAGCAGGGUAAACUUUUUAUGAUUGAUCUUGCUGGCUCCGAAAGAGCAAAACAAACAAAGAAUCAAGGAAAACGUCUCCAAGAGGGUGCUCAUAUAAAUCGAUCACUUUUAGCGCUUGGUAAUUGCAUAACAGCAUUGUCUGGUGGUGCGCGUUAUGUUAACUACCGAGAUUCUAAGCUUACAAGGCUUUUAAAGGAUGCACUUGGUGGUAAUUGUCGGACUGUAAUGAUUGCUCAUGUUUCACCCUCGGGUAUUCAUCGGGAAGAAAGUAAAAACACAUUGAUGUACGCUGAUCGCGCUAAUCGGAUCACUACCAAAGCUGAACAAAAUAUUGUUGAUGUUAAUUAUCAUGUCUCGCAGUACCGAGACAUAAUUAGCGAUUUAAAAAAUGAAAUCUCUAGGCUUAGAAAUAAAAUGCGCGAUACUGAGAUACCUGACAUUGGAAGACCUGAGACCCAAGAAAGAAUUAGUACUACUAAAGUUAAUGAUCUAAGAUCUUUGAGGGAAAAAAUAGUUUCUGCGUUUAAAGAACAAAUGCGGCUAAGGCGUAAACUCAUGGAAUUAGAUAGCCAUCUACUGGGUCUUAAUAUAGCUGCUGAACAACAGCAUGCAAUUAUUUCACACUGGGAGUCUAGAAAUAAUAAACUUUAUAAAGCUAGUAAAGAAAAUACCAGACGGAGAUCUAGCGCUGAUAGCCAGAUUGAUGAAACUGAAAGCGAAGAUUUGGGUGAAGAGUAUGAAAUAAACGAUAUUACUGUGCAACAAGCUUGGACGGAAUUGUCGGAAAUUAAUAAAGAACAAGAGCGUUAUAUUGAAAUCCGAGCGAUUACUGAACGGGAAUUGGAAAAUUGUCGGCAACGGAGUGCGUCUCUUGAAGAUGAAUUACCGGCUAGAAUAAAUUCGGAAGAAGAGCGUGAGCUGUUGGCGUUAAUGCUCAGAGUUCAUGAAUUAGAAGCUGACAAAAUGAUGCUGCAAAGUGAACGAUUGGUUAAACAGCAUGAAUUAAGAAGAAGAGAACUUUUGCUGCUAAGGUAUGAUCGUCAGCGGCAAAUUUCUGAUGAAAUUAUCACUCGCCAGCGUAGAAUUAUGGAAGUUUGUUCGUCUGAAAAAUUUUUAGAUGGUAAACUAUCUCUUCCGUCGGAUUUACAAGAAUUGUAUAUAAUGUACCAACAAGAAAUCCAUGCUGCUGCUUACAAUGAUAGUAAUUUAGUUGAUUUAUCAGUAUCUUCCAUGCUAUUUAAUAACCGUCUGCCACCAAUAAAUCGUGGAAUUCAUUUUGAGAGCCUUGAUGACACAAGAUUACCGAGCAGCUCUACGGAUUCUGAUUGGGAAUCGCCGUUACCACCAAUACCAGAGCCACAGGAAAUUGAAAAUGUAAUGGGUCCAGUCGUGCGUCCAUUAAUUUCUCCAUCUGUUUUCUUCCCACCGAUAUCUAACUCCAAGCGAAAAAAUCAAGAAAAUAAAUUACGGAGAGUCGCAAGUGAUAAUAAUGUAAAUUCACCAAAGAGUUUACGUGACUCACGAUUGAAGGGAUAAUCUUCUUUCUUCAAUAAUCGUCAAUAAAUAAAAUUAGCUGUAAUAAGCUACCAGUACCUGACAAUAUUAAAAUAUUAUAAAUUUUUAAAGUAAUAAUGAUAGCGAUUAAUCAUUAUUGAGAGUUGAUGCGCGUUGACGACGUCGUUUUCUGGCCUCUGAAUCAACGACCGGCGAAGAGGACACUACAGAUGUAGAAGCUGUCGGCUGAUUUUCAAAUAAUUUUUCUUUUACGGAUAAUGGUGGUCUGGCUGACUGAUCUGUUAAAUUACUUGUUUCAAUUAUUUCAUAAUUAGUUUGUCCAGAUUUUUUUGUCCUCACGAUAACGCGCUUACGAUUUGGAGAAAACUGAAUGCUGUCAUCCUGUGCGAAGAAAUUUAAAGAGAGAGAACUAUCUCGUGGCUCCCAGACAUGAAUAGAUCCUUCAUGAUCUGGAGUGGUAUCUUCAAUUUUAGAUUUCCCAAUGGGCAUAAUAUCUUCGUCAGUUGAAGAACAUUUUGAUGAAUCAACCGGCGUUCGUACUUUAAGCUUCCACUCUUCUAGCCGCUCCUCCCAUACGCGCUUCCGUUCAUUCCAGUAGUCUAAUUUACAUCCGUAAAUUAGUUCUUCUUUACAUAAGCAGUGUGUUAAUAACUAUUUAAUAACUUAAUUAAUUAAUUAACUAAAAAUCAAUCAAUUAUUUUCAUCAAACGUAUCUCUUGUUACUGAUUAAGCUCACCGAGUUGUGACGUCUGCUGAGCACUAAAUUAAAACGCAUUUCAUUUUUUUUAAUAUCUUCAAUGCUCCGAGAGAUUUCAUCCGUAACAUAUUUUAUGUAUUUAGCAAUUAUAU